UAGUAUUGUGUGACGUAGAGAAUACACAUUGCGCAUGCGCACAGGAUUCACACGUGAAGCAGACAGCAUGGCCGACGGAGUGGAAGUUGCGUUAGACAGGGCACAGGUGAAAAAAGCCGUUCAGGCAUUACAGGCUUUUCUGAAAACCAAGUCCACCGGCGACUCCUUGUUCCUGGACGAGACUCGACAGAUCAGCCUGCUUUUCACCCUCUGGAAGAUCCCCAAAAAGCCACAGACCAUCCGCAUUCCCUUGCCCCAUGGCCAGCGGCCUGACACAGACGAGGUUUGCCUCUUCACCAGAGAUGAGCCCAACAUGACAUCAGAGCAGACCCAGAGGUUUUACAAGAAGCUGCUGCAGGAGAAGGGAGUGAAAAACAUCUCUGAGAUCAUCCCGUACAAGGUCCUGAGGACGGAGUACAAACCGCAUGAAGCCAAGCGCCGUCUGUUGGGGAACUUUGACAUGUUCCUUUCUGACGACCGCAUCCGCCGCUUGCUGUCAUCCCACCUCGGAAAACAUUUCUACGAGAGAAAAAGGGAGCCGCUGUCUGUGAACCUGCAGAGCAAAAAUCUGGCAAGAGACAUCCAUAAAGUCAUCCAGGGCACCAACUUGAAGGUUACCAACAAGGGCUGCUGCUGCAUGGCACGUGUUGCCCACGCCGGCAUGACAGCAGACGAGGUGACAGAAAACAUCGAGGCUGCGAUCCAAACGGUGGCGGCAAAACUACGCACGAAAGGACCCGUAAUGAAGCUCAUCCAUAUAAAGAGUCAAACAUCAGUGGCCCUGCCAGUCUACACCUCAGACCUGGACCACCUCACUGUGCUGGAUAAGGCAGAAGAACAAGCUCAGGCUCUUAAGAAAGAGAAAGCUGCGGCCAGAAAGAAGGCGAAAGAGAACAAGACAGAGGACAUAAAGCAAACAGAUAAAACUGGAGAGGGAAAGGAGGAAGAAAUCCCAAAGCUGGUUCCCAUAGCAACACCUAGCAAAAAGCCUAAACUGGAGAUUGCAUCUAAUAAGAAGCAGCUGGAGAAGGCUCCCAAACCCGCCGUAACGAAGAAGGCAAAAAAAUCACCAAACAAACAGAAGAGGGCCGGCAAGACUGACUCCAAAGGGAAAAGAAAAGUGCCUAAAGUGAAAUGAGUUUCAAAAGAGCACCUUUGCACAUUUUACCCGCUCUACAAGGACGUUUUACACAGGACCAGCUCGUUCACAUAAUGAACAUUAUAUUAAGUCUGUUUUGUCUGUUUUUUUUUGCUUGGAUGAAGCAGAUAAUAAACUUUGUUAUCUGAAACAA